CAUCCCAUCUACUCGGACAUCAAUAUCAAAUCAACAACCCUAUCAACACGCAACACAAAGCAACAAAUCAAACUAAUAAAACAGAGAAGAAAAGAAAUAGAGACAGGAAGGGAUCGGAAAAAUGAGCACCUCCCGCCGCCUCCUCAUCUUCCAAGAAGCCCGCAAUCCCCACAACGCCGCAGAGACCGUCUUCCUCCCCGUCAACAAGCUGGGACUGCCUAUCUGCGGACGUGGACCGGAGCUGCCGUCUCUUUUGGAGCUGCCGUUGAAGACGUUGAAGGCGUUUACGGAGAUUUUUAAUCAGCCGAAGUAUAAGGGGUGGGCCAUCGUCGCAGCAGGCUCAUACCACGAUAGCUCCGAAGAAGGCAAAUUCUACGCCGUCGUGCUGGAGCAGACGCGGGAUGUCUUGGGUGUGAUGCAGGAGCAGGCUGGGCCUUAGCUGGAGGCUGAGGACCGAAGACUGAUUGCUGUAAUGAUUAUGAUGUGGAUGCACUGUUCUUCUUCUUUUCCUUUUGAUGUGUGUUUUCUUUGUACAUGUUGUUUUUAGGUUGCUACUUACUGGUCUGGUCAUGAUGAUAUCAUGCUGUUGAUACUGUUACUGUAUCUUGGGUGGAAUUGUUGUUCUUUAAU